AAAUGCCCCAUGCUCCUUAAUUUCUUUCUUUUUCCGAUCGGGUUGCGUGCUAAAUUGAUCAAGUGGCCACGAUUAAGCAGCCGACUAACUUUAGCCGCAUUAAUUGCGAUCAUGUUGGCCGCGCCCCCCAAAUUCCACCGCCCCCUCUUCUACUAUUUACAAUUAGCUGCGUGACGAAGGCGCAGAAAAAAGCUAGGAAACGAUUUUCACUCGGUUUAUUUUUGGUUUGGUAUGGGUCAUUGGGAUCUGGAGUUGGAGUUUGGAGUUUGGAGUCUGGAGAAUGGAGAAUGGAGCUGGUGCUGUCAGGCGGCAUGAAUUACUGUGCGUUGAUUGCCUUUAAGGCCUGAUUGCAACAGCAACAACAACUUUGGCACAAAUUGCUGGCUGCUGUUCCUUGCAAUAUUUUUUUUUUAGCGGCAUGCGGCAAACGGGUUUUCGGGAGCACAGAAAGCCACAUUUAUCAGCGAUUAUGCAUGGACAAAGGAGUCGGGCUCAUUGGACAGCGGACGGCGGACAGCGGAUGCUCCACAACUGGCGGGUUGCAAGUGUCGCCCGACAUGUGUUGCUGCCUCUUGUGGAUGUGGAUGCCAUGUGGAUCGAGAUGGCGAUCUUGACGUGGAGCCGCACAAAUUUGUCAGAAAGGAGGCGAAUUCACUCAGCGAAAAAUUAUCACAAAUUUAUGGUUUUAGGAGCAGCCAAGUGGGAGGAUUGGGAUGAGGUUGAGGAUGAGGAUGAGUAUGACGAUGAGAGCAGGAUUUAG